GGAAUGUUCGCUGCUUGAUGAUAUCAGACGACGAUGGUGUUACGGGCGAUUUUAGGCUAUCUGUCCCGGAAUGAACAACUUAUACAAAAGCUAGCAGAUAGCUACCCAAUGCGUAGAGCUGCACAGAUGACUGCCUUUCUGUUUUUCAAAGGAAAAGAAAUAGGUGAAGAAAGCAUGCACAAACUAAAAGAUUCUGAGGCUAUGAACAGACUGAGAGAAGAAGCAAAGAUCAGUGGAAGCAGGUUUAAUACAUUUACUAAAGAGAUCAAGGAUGGAUUCAAAGAAAUAAGCGAUGACAUCAAAAGGCGACAAAGAUGACAGGUGUAAUGCUUAUUUUAACAGUGCAUGACAUGGGUGAUAUUUUGUCCUGAGAUCUUCCCAUACCAUGUGGGAAGAAUUUUCGUUGCCUGUUGCAAAGUGUGCACCUUUGCAAUGACAUAAGAUAUUUUAAUUAUACAUUAGCUGACUUGAUGUGUGAUAACACUGGUGUUGUACAGAUGUAUAUAUAAAUGUUUGUACAUAAAUGUACAUAGCUGAAAAACAGAUAGUGGACCUACAAAGUAAUUAACACAUGUACAUAGAUUUGAUAAUAAACAUUAAACAUUUUAUGAUUGCAAUUUA